UCUCCGUUGCUUGCUUGAAUUUGUACACCGCCAUACAAUGUCAUUUUUAUGUAUUUAUGAAACUGAUCUGAUAAGACAAAUGUCUUAAGCAAUAAAGAGAGUAUUUAGGGUACGCACGCCACUUAACACGGUAAAUAAUUUAUUUUUUGAAUUUCAAAACCGUCUUUAAACGUAUAAUUAUUCAUAUACAUGUAUGUCUACAAUGUAUUUAAAUUUUUUAAAUGCUCGAACUUCAUUGAUGAUCUGACGCAUUGAUAAACGAUAUUGCUAUCGAUCUAUUCACACAUCGAAACUGGUACACAGAGUCGACAAACGUCUAAUUGUGCAAGUUACAGAUACCCUUGAACAUUAUGCUACGUCAGAUGUGUUUUAAAAAUUUUGUCCACUUCAAGGAGCAUCAGUCUCUGAACUUUUGUCCAGGAAUCAACAUACUGGUUGGUCAAAAUUCCUCUGGAAAGACCAGUAUACUUGAGAUGAUCAGGCGCUGCAUGACAAAGCGUAUCAACAAUCACGUGACAAGCUCUUAUGACGAAAUGAAACAGGCAUACCUUGUGUGUAGGUUUAACAUAGGUUCUUGCUAUGGCGAGGUGCUUCAUGCUCUGGAAGAAGCAACUGUUGUGCAACCUGUGGAAUUUACCGGUACGACGUCACUUCUCUCUGUCGUUCAAAAAAUUCCCGAGAGUGGUGUAAUUUUCUGGAGGAAAUCUGUGUGUUUUAGAAGAAACGAUAAUGUCACGGUGUUAGUUGUAAAGUACGUCGUGAAAGAUGACAAUAUCAUGUAUAAUGGGGAUCACACACCAGAAUAUUUCAGAGGCGAGGUGAAAGACCUCUGGAUGUUAAAUGAUGAUAAUCAUAACUGGAAGGAAGGAAAUGAUAUCGAGAAAGACUUCAGCAAAAUUGACCAUGUGUCCACCGAUGAGAAUCGAAUUGAUUCUAACCUGUGCGAAAAGGUUCUGGAUGUCAUAGAAAAACAGUACGUUUCAACCACUCCAAUGAGGUCCAUAAAUCCCAUCCAGUGGAGCAGAAGCCAGCAAAAGUCGUCAGAUGAAUCACAAGGUUGCAAAGAAGCUGUGGAGAAAGCAGAAAUUCUACAAACACUGCUGGGCAACGUCGCAGAGGUGAAUCUCGAUAAAUCUGAACAAAUAUUUGAUCAGAUUACAUGCCCUUUAGUUUAUAAAUUUCAUAGAAUCGAAGAUAAAAAUAUCAUAAUUGAACACAGAAAUGAUGAUCCACCAGAAACGAAACGGGUGCCUCUUUUAAAAACACCAGAAGGAGUUAUAGAGGCACAACAACUUGCACUGCUCUUGGCUCAUAAAGAAUUUCUGACACUAUGUUUUGAAGAACCCGAUAGAGGAAUGCAUCCCAAAAUGAUUGAGCAACUUCUUCAAGUCCUGAUAGAAGAAGAAAAUAAAACGUACCUUGUUGUGACCCACAGUCCAUAUUUUAUAAAUAACACCACAGCUAAGUUAACUCAUGUAUGCGUACGAAGAAAACAUCGCGAUGUCAGUAAAAGCGUUCACAACGUACAUUCACUUGCUAACAGUGAAAACGUACAUAAGAUUACUGAUACAGACGGGCUGAAGAAAAUCCUCUUUUCAUCACGAAUUCUUUGCGUUGAAGGAAAAACGGACAAAAUUUUUAUUGAAGCUAUUUUUGAAUUUAUUCGAAAUCAUGGACACGGAUGUCUUUCGAAAGAGAAUAUUCAGUUCAUAUUGGGUCAUCAGAUUAUCGUUCAAAAUUCUAAUACAUUUCAAGAAGUUAUUCAAAGUUUUUGCUGUCCAUUAAACGUUGAAUGCAUUGUACUCUUAGACAGGGAUGCUGUAAUACGACUAGAAUCGAGGACAAAUCCAAGAUCCAUACGAGAAAUAAGAGUACUUGAAAACAGCGGGAAACAGGAUAUGUUUAAUUCCUGGAAAGGAAAACCAGUCAAGGAUUUUUUAAAAAGUGAAGAUUAUAAAAAGCUUUCAGAUUGUCUCGAAAUGAAAAACACUUUCAUUUGGAAACAGGGCAAUCUCGAAGAAACGAUACAAUCUGCUUAUUCACAGAAAAAAGAAUUACUGACAAAAGUGUUUGGAAGUGAGUCUGUGAGGAAAACGUUGAUAUGUUCUUUUGACAGGACCAAACUUACAGAACUGGCCUGUGAGAUGUGCCAAUCUGAAGAGAUAAAAAGUCUGCUUGAGUUUUUUAAAUCGAUACAAAGAAGAGAUCAGCGAACAAACACGGCUUUUUAACCAACACCUUGAUUGGAAAAAAAAAAAUAAUCAAAAAACAAAAAAAAAACAAACAAAAAAAUCAAUUACAUGUAACAGCCAGUCUGAUUCAGGAUAACUUAAUCAAUAACCUGAUUCAGAAUUACUUAAUCAAUAACCUGAUUCAGAAUUACUUAAUCAAUAACCUGAUUCAGGAUAACUUAAUCAAUAACCUGAUUCAGGAUAACUUAAUCAAUAACCUGAUUCAGGAUAACUUAAUCAAUAACGUGAUUCAGGAUAACUUAAUCAAUAACCUGAUUCAGGAUAACUUAAUCAAUAACCUGAUUCAGAAUUACUUAAUCAAUAACCUGAUUCAGAAUUACUUAAUCAAUAACCUGAUUCAGGAUAACUUAAUCAAUAACCUGAUUCAGGAUAACUUAAUCAAUAACCUGAUUCAGGAUAACUUAAUCAAUAACCUGAUUCAGGAUAACUUAAUCAAUAACCUGAUUCAGGAUAACUUAAUCAAUAACCUGAUUCAGAAUUACUUAAUUAACACCUUGAUUCACAAUUUCUAAUCAACAAACUGAUUUAGAAUUACCAAUCAACAAACUGAUUCAGAAUUACCAAUCAACAAACUGAUUUAGAAUAUCUUAGUCAACACAUUCAGAAUUACUAAUCAAUAUACUGAUUCAGAAUUACUAAUCAACAAACUCAUUCAGAAUAACUUAAUCAACAUUGAACAAUCUAAUUAAAAAAAUCAAUCAAUAGUCUGGUUCAGAAUUACUAAUAAAUAGUCUAAUUCAAAAUAACUCGGUCAAAAGUCUGAUUGAUCGAUUGUAUAUUGUUUAACGUCCCUCGAGAAUUUUUCAGCCAUAUGGAGACGUCAAUAUUGCCGGUGAAGGGCUGUAAAAUUUAGGCCUAUGCUCUGUGCUUACGGCCUUUGCGCAGGGAGGGUUCUUUGUCGUGCCACAUCCACUGGGACACAGGGUAUUGGUUUUUGCGAUCCAUUUAAUCGCCUCUUAUGACAAGCAAUGGGUACUGGGGACUUAUACUAACGCGGAUCCCCACAGGAAUGGUCAACAGUCUGAAUCAGAAUUACUGAUAAUCAAAAUUACUAAUCAACAGACUGAUUCAGAAGAACUUAAUCAACAAACUGAUUGAGAAUUACUUAAAUCAACAGACUGAUUGAGAAUUUCUAAUCAAUAAACUGAUUCAGAAUUACUUGAUUGUCAGACUGAUUCUGAAUAACUUAGUCAACAGACUAACUGAUUUAGAUCUACUAAAUCAAGAAACUAAAUAUUAAUCUAUAAAAUGUUUCAGAAUCAAUUAUUAUUACAUUCAAGGAAAAACAUCGAAGACGUAGCAAGCACAGUAAUAUAGCCCUUGCCCUUUGAAGUCGUGACUCUUGUAUGUAAUUUUAAAAAUGAAACUUGGGUAAAAGCUUAAGAUUUCAUCGACAAAUAUAUAAUUCCAGCCAUAUCAUAACAAAUCGAAUAUUAUUUGUGAUAUUGUAGUUUCCUGUAUUUUUAUGUAGUUCUAUUUUGAUUAAAAAUAUGCAUAUAU